UUGUGGGGAGAAGACAGCAGUUUGACUCAAUCAUAGAUGCGCUGUUAACUUUCAUUUUGUUUUUCCAAAGUAGAGUCACCGUAGUGUGAAGCUGCUAUAAAAAGAAAAUAAAUAAACAAAUAAUAACAUUUUGACACUAAAUUUAAAACUUUGAAGACAGGCUUUGGACGGGAUGACACAAAGCUCCCUGUAGUUACCCAGACUGCUGGCAGCAAUCAAGGAACUGACGAAAAGAAACAAGCCCUGCUAAUUCUGUGCUGCGCCUAAAACAAAAGCCACACUGUUUCUUUGCCACAUUCAUGGCGCCGACAUCUUUAUUGACGCUGAUAUGGUCUGCCCACGAGAUCUGACGUUGUCACAUGCACCACAAAGUUACAUCGUCUACCAACUCUGCCCUGGAAAGGACUCUUGUGUCAUAAUGCAAAUUAGCAUUUCUAAUAGUAUCAGGAGGUGUUAAGGACAAGUAUAAGAUGACUCGUUUAAAGUGCGUUUUAGUGACAAUAUUAUCCAGCACCAACCUUCUUCUUCUUCUUCUAAUUAGUUUAAUGGCUACACAAUAUCCGCGUACUCAUCAUUUCUGCCCAGAUGAUUGGAUUGGCUUCCAAAAAAAAUGCUAUUAUUUCUCUAAAGAAGAAGGGGAUUGGAAUUCAAGUAGACAUGACUGUAUCACUCGAGGUGCAGACCUAACUAUCAUUGACACGACAAAAGAAAUGGAUUUUCUUAAGCGAUACAAAUGCACUGCUGAUCACUGGAUUGGGCUGGAGAUAACAGAAAAUCAAACACUACAAUGGGUAAAUGGAACCAUGUCUAAAAUAUGGUUUCCGGUGAGAGGAAAUGAAAAGUGUGCUUACCUCGAUAACGAUGGUGCGGCAACAGCGAGAUGCUACACAGACAGAAAAUGGAUUUGCAGGAUGCAAAUGCACUAAAUUCAGGUUUCUAUAGUGGAAUUACAAUACAGGUACAAUGAUCUUUGUAGCUGGUUUUCUCUCCUGUAUAAGUUAAUUUUCAACACUCUACUGCUUUAGCCUGAUAAUACAUCUUGAUAGUUGUUAAAAUAAUUUCCUUCAACUUAUUUUUCUACUCUUCACAUGGCCUGUACCUUUGCUUUUCUGUAACAUUUUAGAAGAAUCUUGUAAUUUCACAGGAUCUCUAGGUCAAUUUGAGAAGUGUUGUGUGUAUUUAUGGUAUUAUUUUUCUAUUUAUUUAUAUGUUUUGUAUUGUGUUGGUCUUCUUGAGUGAUCUGUAAUUUUUCUAAUGAGUCGUGAAUGUUAUUUAUUAUAUGUGCCCAUAUUGAAUGUAUCUGAUGUUUAUGUUAUUGCAAUUGUAUGAUUUUAUUACUUUUUAAAAUAGUUACUUUAUAUAUGGAAAUGUAACUCUUUUGGCUAUUCUUCUGUUCAACAUACAUUCUGAAAACGUCCAAUUUUUAACAAUUGGUGGAUUCUUUUAAAUAUUGUAAGACAGCACUUUUAUUUUUUCUUAUCUUAUAACUGUUACUUAAUUCUUGUCUAAUUAAAAUGUGUAGGACUUCCAGGACAAUAUUGACAGUGAACAUUUUUGAUGUGUUUCACAUGUUAAAGAAAAUGCUUCUAACAUUUCAACAUUA